AUUGCAGCUCGUGGACAGUGCGCACCACCCACCCACUCAGCCACCAUCUGUGGACUUGUGCGUGAAGGGGUUUGGCACAAGACUCCGGAGCGCGUAAACAAAAGCACAUUGUCUGAGGCGCUGCUGUCCAGUCUGUGAGGGGAGAGUGGAUAAAGUCAGCAGUCAUUCCCACAGAUCUGGAGCUGAACAGAGAGCGGUCAUAACUUAAACUGGAUAUUUCUUUUUAUCUUGGACUUCUAAGAGGUGAUGCCGUGCCUCCAGAACCAGUGCGGCUCCUCUCCACAGGGCGCCAGCCCCGCAUCACAGAGCGCAGAACGCAGCUGCGACUUCCUCACGCCGGAGUUUGUGAAGUUCAGCAUGGACCUGACUAACAGCGAGCUCUCCGCGGCCUCAUCGGGGCCCGGUUUCUGUCCUCUGCCAGACAACUACGGCUCCGGCUACGACGCGAAGCCGCCGUGCGUCUUCCAGAUGCCGAGCGUCCAGGCGGAGCUGCCGUGCGUCAAAGUGGAGGAGGCGCACGGAUGUCUGCGCUACCAGAACCACCUGCACCCUCCGGAUGAGCUGCUCUCCUCCCAGAGCUCCGUGUAUUACUACCGCACCCCUUCCCCGCACAGCUUCCACGCUCCCCACGGACACAUCUGGGAGGAUUCCGGGUCUCUGUACAAAAACGCCCUUUCCAGAUUCUCCCUGUUUUCUCUAAAACACGGUGCCCAGAGCUUCCCUGCAUGCCAGGUGAAAUUCGAUGUCUCCAUGAACUUGGAUGCGGGCGCAUCUCACCAGCAGCCCGGGAAACAGCUCGGGAUGGGAUUCCCUCGCUCCCUGCAGUUCUCCAACAACCACCACUUUGUGGAAUACCAGUCCUCUGGAGCCGGGCGGGGGUCCAUCAGCGCGGAGGGGCUGUGUGCGGUGUGCGGGGACAACGCAGCCUGCCAGCAUUAUGGAGUGCGCACCUGUGAGGGCUGCAAGGGCUUCUUCAAGCGAACGGUGCAGAAAAAUGCCAAGUAUGUUUGUUUGGCUACGAAAAGCUGCCCUGUUGACAAGCGAAGGAGGAACCGAUGCCAGUACUGUCGCUUCCAGAAGUGCCUGGCGGUUGGAAUGGUCAAAGAAGUGGUGAGGACGGACGGACUUAAAGGCAGAAGAGGUCGACUGCCAUCUAAACCUCGAGCUCUACCAGAGUCUGUUUUACAUGGCAGCACCCUUCUCAGUGCCCUCGUUAGGGCACAUAUAGAGUCCAACCCUCCGACGUCUCGUCUCGACUAUUCCAAAUUCAAGGAGAGUCCAGGAAACCUGCUAGGUGACAAUUCUCAGCACAUCCGUCAGUUCUAUGACCUUUUGACAAGAUCAAUGGAGGUGAUUCGGAGUUGGGCGUUGAGGAUUCCAGGUUUUGCCACCCUACCUAAACAGGAUCAGGACCUCCUGUUUCACUCAGCUUUCCUGGAGCUAUUUGUCUUACGACUGUCGUACAGAUCGAAUCCCGAAGAGGGAAAACUGAUCUUCUGUGACGGGUCGGUGUGGCAUCGACUACAGUGCCUGCAGGGCUUCGGGGAAUGGAUCGACAGCAUUCUGGAAUUCUCUGCCAAUCUGCAGAGGAUGAACCUGGACGUUUCAACCUUUUCCUGCAUCUGCACUCUGGCUUUACUCACCGAGCGCCACGGGCUAAAGGAGCCAAAGAGGGUGGAGGAGCUGCAAAGCAAUGUGCUCAGGUGCUUAAAGGACAACGAGACUGCAGGUUCAGACAGACGAGGUGCAGACCGCUGGUCCAACCACCUGUCCAGACUUCUGGAGAAACUGCCCGAACUUCGCACUCUGUGCAUCCAAGGCCUGCAGAGGAUUUUCUACCUAAAGCUGGAGGACCUGGUGCCGCCUCCCGCUGUGAUAGAUAAGUUAUUCCUGGACACGCUGCCGUUUUAGAUACUUUUUUUUUACUUCGUUUUAAAUUCAUUCUGGCAGCUUGAGUUAUUUGCUCUACAUAAAAGCAGUUUAAAAAAAAAAUUCAUGUUGCUGGGUGAGUAUUGGGGCCAAAAUGUCCGCAUAUAAAACUUAAAGCUGGUGAAUUUUUCCUUCUUGAAGUUCCUUUUUUUAUAUUCAUAUAAAAGAAAACUGUGAAUGAGAGAAAAAAAAAAAAACUACAUUUUGACACAUUCUACUGCCUGUUCAGCUGCUAUCAAAUCAUUUUAUACCAAAUAAAACAAUUUGUUUUUUCAUGCUUAUAUUUAUUAGUGAGAUAUUGUCCCUUAACAUUUGCUACAAAUGGUCAGCUGUGUUCAGUCUGUCAGUU